CUUCAACCUUUCACACGGCGCAUCACAGUAACUUUUCAACCCUUGAUUGGUAGAUCAGCCCACUCAGAAGAUAGAGAAGCAUGGAACUAGGGAACAUUGAUAAUGGAUCCCGCCUAGCGAAGCAUGCCUGUACCUCGUGUCGAAACCGGAAAAGAAAAUGUGAUAAGUUACUUCCUCAAUGCUUUUUGUGCACGAAAAAGGGACUGAAUUGUGUUUACGUUUCCGAGGCUUCACCUCCUCUUCUCAGUCCAUCAUCGGACGGGUUGUUCCCCGCUACUGGGCUCGAAGCACCAAAAUUUCCCGCAGUAUUCUUCCUCGACACAAAUAUUUUUCAGAAAGCUCAGAUUAAUAUUCCAAAGACUGAGUUAGCGACUCCUAAAUAUGUCCUCAAUCUCAUAGGAGAUCUCAGCGAAUGGCGGAACAUCGCAUCAAAGUUCUUUGAUACUGUCCAUAGCUUUAUGCCUAUUGUCUCAAGAACCCGGUUUUAUGGAAGACUACUCAAUCCAUUGGCACCACGUCGGAACGAUGUCGCUCUGCUUGUGCUCUGCAUGCGUCUCGCGGGGAUGCUUCCAGCCGGCGUCUCAAUGUCUAAAACACCAGAAUAUCUUGCAGCCAAAAGAUUUCAUGCUGAGCUUGAGGCUAGUGGAGGUUUUAGUCCCCAGAUCCUACAAUCCGGGGUUCUGAUUGCCUUGUACGAAUAUGGCCACGGUAUCUACCCCGCUGCGUAUCUUACCAUUGGGGCCUGUGCUCGAUAUGGCAUAUCUUCUGGCAUGGACGGUACAGGGGCUUCUCAGAUGCCACCUCCUUCAGACUGGAUCGAAGCAGAAGAAAGGAAAAGAAUCUGGUGGGCAGUGUUAAUAAUGGAUCGGGUGGUCAAUCUCGGCAGCCCAACCAGGACCCUUGCUACUCAAGAACCACACCCUUCAAGCAUGCUUCCAAUAGAAGACGAUCUAUGGGAUCAAGGAACCAUAAUGUCCAGCGAAACAUUCACGGUCGUCUCUCCUUCAAGUCUCAAAAUCGGUCGAUUUGCGAGAUUUGCACAAGCGAUAUUCCUUCUCGGUCGUGUAUAUAAACACGUCUCCGAUUUCACCGCAAGUAGAGACUUCCUUGAUGAAGAAGCUACUCAACUCCGUCGAACGUUACAAGCAUUGGCCAAGAUUGUCGACAUCGAAGGCCAAACCAAUAAGUUGCAGUUUUGCACCCAGACUGGUUUAUGUUUCAGUGGAAUGCUUCUUCUGCAAGAAUCGUACAUCUCGCCUAUAUCGGCGCCUUCACCAGACAUACACUUCUGGGAUCCAACCCUUCCGGUAGCGGAAAGCAUAGCGAACGAAGCUGCUAGGAUAGCAAGAGGGUUCAUCAGGAUAGUUCAUGACUUCGUGCACUCUGGGAAAUACAAUCAUCCUUCCGAACUAGUCUCGCCGUUUAUCCUUCACCUUUUUUACCACUCUCAGACGAUUCACUGGGAGAAGGCGAGGACCACGGGAAGCGAAAGUGCUGCUGAGGGUGCCAAGGCUUUGACCGCAGUGUUGAAGGUCAUGGAUGAUAGGUGGAAAGUGGCUGGGGAGUAUCUGGAGAUUCUACAGGCGAGAGAAUUGACUUACUUCGGUCGAUAGCAACCUUUGACAUGAGAUGGACCAAAUCAAGAACACUAUCUCGGAAGUCAAUAUGGAUUGCUCAUGACGCAGAUAAUUCGAUCCAAUUCCCAAGGUACCGACAGCAGUAUACCAAGAAUCGCAAUGAAGAGGCUCUUCUCGCUUAGCGCAAAGUCGAACCAGGGCUUCGGAUUGAGAGGGUCCUUCCUCCCAGCUCCUCCUAUUCAGUCAUAUCGAAGGGCACCAUGACGCGAGCGCAGCUAACGAGAGCUUGAAAGAUUGUUGUUUUCGCUCUAGGACUUGAGGCUGUUGGAAGAGCUAGGAAGCUUGCAAGCAGGCUUCGGUCGUCGGCGCCGAACUAAGAACGAUACCUUGACGCUGCUUUGUUUUGAUCUUGAUUCUUAACACAACUUAAUUUGCUGCACAAAUCGGUUUAUAAGAGUCAAGUAGCACUGGAGAAGACUCGGCUACUAAAAAAUUCGGC